UCAGUCGCCAUUGUUCUCGUUCUCGGCUGUCGAAUUUGUGGAAAUUAUCGAAUUUCCCUGAAAUUCGUCGCAAUAAACACAAUAGAAGUUAUAAAAACAAACAAUUUUGGAUUACACAGUGCACAGUGCGCGUUAUUUGAGCGAUUAAAGUGAAGUAAUAAGAGGCCAGCUAACGAAAUUGAAAGAGACUCCGUCAGAGUUUGACGAGCGAGCAGCAAAGCGAUAUCGAAUAUUUGUUCGUGGCAAAAAAAAAUACAACACAAAAAAACUUGAACAAAAGCCAAAAGAAAAAUGUCAUCUAUGAAUCCAGAAUACGAUUAUCUUUUCAAACUGCUGUUGAUCGGCGACUCUGGCGUUGGAAAGUCCUGUCUGCUGCUCCGAUUUGCCGAUGACACAUAUACAGAGAGCUAUAUCAGCACAAUUGGCGUUGACUUUAAAAUUAGAACCAUAGAACUGGAUGGCAAAACGAUUAAAUUGCAGAUUUGGGAUACUGCUGGACAGGAGCGCUUCCGUACCAUCACCUCAUCAUACUAUCGUGGCGCGCAUGGCAUUAUUGUCGUUUACGAUUGCACGGACCAGGAGUCCUUCAACAAUGUGAAGCAGUGGCUUGAGGAAAUUGAGCGAUAUGCAUGCGAAAAUGUCAAUAAAUUGUUAGUCGGCAACAAGAGCGAUUUGACCACCAAGAAAGUUGUCGAUCAUACCACAGCUGCGGAGUACGCAAAUCAAUUAGGCAUUCCAUUCCUUGAAACUUCGGCUAAGAGUGCCACUAACGUGGAGCAGGCAUUCAUGACGAUGGCGGCAGAGAUCAAGAAUCGCGUUGGGCCGCCGUCUAGCGCUACCGAUAAUGCUAGCAAAGUAAAGAUCGAUCAGGGACGUCCAGUGGAAAACAACAGAUCUGGUUGCUGCUGAAUAACUCUGAUUGUGAAUCAUUAUUUUAUUAUACAAUUAAACAAAAUUUAAAUAUAAUAAAUUAAAACGAUAAAAAAAGGAAGAAACACACACAACAACAAUAAAACAAGCAAAACCAUAAUUAAACAAAAAAAUUUGAAUUAUGUAAUAACAAUAAUGAUGAUAUAAUAUCGAAGAGUAUGAUGAGACGAUGUCAAUGAUGAUAAAGAUGACCUUUGUAUGAGAUGCGCGAGAUCGCAGUCCACAGUUCAAGUUGGAUGAUGAACAACACGUACACAAUUUAAGCAUACAUAACAUUAACAUGUAAUAGGCAACCAGGAAAAAACACACACAGGAAACUGAUAUGUAACUAUCUAUCCUUCUGUCUUUAUGUUUUUCAAAAUAGUUCUGUUCAUACUUAAGUAGUGCAAAGCAAA